UCAAAAGAAGACUUCAAUGCUACAAACAAAUACAAGGAGUUACUUAAAAGCAGCUCGUCAAUAUGGACUUUGACGAUGACGAGGAGGCUGUGCAGCCGCACUACGCGCAGAAGUUCCGGGCGCCCAGUGAUCCCAUCCUGCUGGCUGCAUAUGAGCUCUUCAAACCAUCUUCCCACACUUUGAACCUGUAUAGCGAACGGAAUCGCGAGAUUUUUGCCGAGGCCUUCAUCGAAGGCAAACUGGAUACUUUAGAGAAUCUGUGCGUUAAGAGUCUGGCCACGCUGGGCAUCCGUGGUAUAUCACCGACUUUGCUGGCGAGUCCAGAGCUAAUGAGGGUGUUUUACGAUGCCCUCGAUGUGGAGUUGCCUUUGAGGGAAUGCUAUUUAAUCGAGGACCAGCGCUUCUGGCGUCGUGUGGUGCUCAGCAAAACGCUGGACAAGACGCUGCACCUAAAGCGCUGGAACGAGUUUGACUGGAAGUCGGAGGGCGUGAGUCGGAAGUUCGUGGAGCGGGUCGAGUCCUGUCCAGUGAACGUGAAGCCGGAGAAAAGACUGGCCCAGUUGGCCGAAAAGGUUUGGGAGUACGUGAGCUCCAUGCACGUGCGCAAGCUGCAGGCCCUGCCCGACUAUGCCUUUCUCAGGCAUAUCGAGAGCGAUCCGGAGGACGACGUGACCUCCGCUUCCUCGGACGAAGAGGAGGUCUCCAGCGAUGAGCCCGACACGGAUCUGGGCAUCGAUGGCGAAGGCGAGGAGGAGCAGGAGUCCAGCUCAAGCGGCUCGGUCGCCAUCCAGUUCUGGCGGGCGGAAAGCGAGGACGAGGACACUGCCCGCCGAAAUGCGCGACGUCAGCGCAACGCCAACCGCCAGCAGGCCCGGGAAGCCAUUGCCAAGAAAAAAGCGGAUCACGAGCAGCGCAGAAGGUGGCGCCAGGAGAAGCGGGACGCAUCGAAGAACCCGGAUCCGUCCGCCAAGAAGAAAAAGAAAAAGAAGAAGGAGCCGCCCAUACAAGACGUGUUCAACAUAACCGUUCCGCCAGAAAAUGCCGAUGACGAGGACACUAAGCCCGACAAGCGCAACAAGCAGCUAAUGUUGGAACGGAUCAAGCGCUACGACUAUCCAGAUGACCAUUGCCAUCACAUCGAUCUGGGAUUUGUUCGCUUCUUCGGGAAUAUGGUGUCGUUCACGUUGGAGUUUUUAGGUCCUCCACAUGUCCCACAUUAUCAUAGCCGACUUAUGAAAUUCUCAGCCGGUGAUAUGGUGCGUCUGAGCAGAGGGCUACGUUGUUUGCCGAACCUGAAGACUUUCAAGCUGCGAAACGGGCGCUUGGACCUCAAGAAGUUUCGCAUUUUGGCCCGUGCCCUGUGCACCAUGGACUCGCUGGAAGAGGUGGAUUUCGGGUACGACCAAAUGACGGAUGAGUGCAGCGAAGGGCUGUCCUACUUGCUAAAGCGGCCGAAGAUGUACCGCAUUAUCCAGCUGGAGUACAAUCGUCUGGGCACCAAUUCUGCGAUGGUCCUGGGCGAGGCCUUAAGUAAAUCACAGGAGGGGGUGUUGGAGUACUUGGGCCUGGCCCACAAUCCGUUGAGUGAAUUGGCCCUCCACUCGCUCAUUUCGGGCUUCAUCGGCACCCCGCAUGUGAUGGCUCUCAACCUCUCGGGGAUCGACAGCACCAUGGGCGCAUUCGCUCGAGACAUUGGCACCUUGCUGCGCAGUCACACACCGCUGGUAAGCCUCGAAAUGGCAGCCAUUAGCCUCGGUGCUAACCAAGGAACUAAAAUACUAAGGUCUCUGGAGAAGAAUAACAGGGUCUUGUACGCGGACUUCCGGGAGUGUGACAUGAACAACGAUCAGGAGUUCGAGGUGGACAUGAUUUUGCGUCGCAAUGACUACAUACGCGAAAACUUGCACCACGGCGAAAAUCUUUGUGCGGUGGUCAUGGAGCGCCGCCACCCGAUUGUCCAGCGGAUCGAGGAGGAUUUCGCCAGGCGCACCGAGUGCCAGAAGGUGCGGCCCAAGUUCUCGAGCUCAAGCGAGGAGAACAUUGCCGAGGUGGUGGAGGAGAAAAAUGAGGCGGAGGAGGAGAAGGACAUCUGGGCCCUCCUGGCCCGCUGGAACCAACCAAAAGUGCCCGAAGUGAAGUCCUCGGUGAUCGUAAAGGAGACGCCACGCCCUUCGAUGGCGAAGCCACCGCCCUUUGCCUACGAGGCCAACAAGUUCGACCUGGAGCAGUUCCGGGAGUCCGUCUUUCUGCCCGGUCCUGGCAAUCGCUUUUUCUACCUGCAGAAGAACAAAACCCCUUGAUUUAUAGCUGUUUCCACUAACAAUAAUUGCAUAACAUUGUACUCUGAGUAUAUUUUCGAAGCAUUAAACGCACCACUUAGCCCGCAA